AUGGCUCUCCCGCACCUCUCGUCCCUCGAGGACUGCGGUGAUUUCUCAAAAACAGUCGAGGUCUUUCUACCCCAGCUCUAUGCCCUACCGAGCCAGAUCCUCGAAAACAUCGACAGCCCAGCUGCCCUGACGCAACUCUACAUUGAUACAAACCCGCUCAUCUCUGGAUUUGCGGCUUCCCUGGCUUGGGGUUUCGUUUUUCUCGUCAUCUCCGAGAUCAACCGGAACUGGUCUCAGGUUGACCGUUUGUGGAGCCUGCUUCCUAACCUCUACAUCAUCCACGUUGCUGUUUGGGCUCGCCUUGCCGAUAUGCCACACGCUCGUGUGGAUCUCAUCGCCAUAUUUAGCACUGCUUGGAGUUGCCGAUUGACAUACAACUAUUGGCGAAAGGGUGGCUAUAAUGUCGGGUCAGAGGACUAUAGGUGGGCAAUCGUCAAGAGUUACGUUCCUGGGUUCAUCUUCUUCCUUUUCAACGUUACUUUCAUCUCGUUUAUCCAGAGUGUUCUACUCUUUGCCAUCUCAGCUGUCCCAGCAUACGCCAUCCUACUCUCUGCCCAAUUCGAGAGUGACGUCACAGCAGCCGAUGUCUGUUAUCUUGUCGUGGAGCUCGCCCUGGUUCUCAGCGAGUGGUUCAGCGAUGGCCAGCAGUGGACCUACCAAACCGCCAAGCAUCAGUACCUGAAGGAUGCCAAAUUACCCGAUGGGUUCAAUCAGGCUGACCUUGACCGCGGUUUCAUAACCUCGGGAAUGUGGGCGUACAGCAGACAUCCCAACUUCUUCGCCGAGCAGAUGAUCUGGUUUGUUCUAUACCAGUGGAGCUGCUUCGCUACGAACAACCUUUACAGCUGGACCUUUGCUGGGUCGGGCUUCUUGAUCAUGCUUUUCCAGGGCUCGACAUGGCUAACGGAGUUGAUCACUGCUGGAAAGUACUCUGAGUAUUCCGCGUACCAGAAACAGGUUGCUAUGUUUCUUCCGACUUCGAUUUGCGGAUACCAAACACCGGUUCAGCAGCCAAGGGUCAUCAAGACUAGCGAGCUUGACAAGCGUCAGCAACAGGAGGAAUCGAAGAAACAGAAGUAG